CCCUUGGGCUCGGGCCGGCGGCGGCCGCGGCGGCUCCGCUCCGCACUGCCCGGCGCCGCCUCGCCAUGGACGCGCGCGGGGGCGGCGGGCGGCCGGGGGAGAGCCCGGGCGCGACCACCGCGCCGGGGCCGCCGCCGCCCGCGCCCCCCCAGCAGCAGCCGCCGCCGCCGCCCGCGCCCCCCCCGGGCCCCGGGCCCGCGCCCCCCCAGCAGCCGCCGCGGGCCGAGGCGGGGCCCCCAGAGGCGGCGGACGAGGGCGGCCCGCGGGCCCGGCUCCGCAGUCGCGACAGCUCGUGCGGCCGCCCGGGCACCCCGGGCGCGGCGAGCGCGGCCAAGGGCAGCCCGAACGGCGAGUGCGGGCGCGGCGAGCCGCAGUGCAGCCCCGCGGGGCCCGGGGGCCCGGCGCGGGGCCCCAAGGUGUCCUUCUCGUGCCGCGGCGCCGCUGCGGGGCCCGCGCCGAGCCCGGGCGCGGGGCCGGGGCCGGCGGACGAGGCGGGCAGCGAGGAGGCGGGCCCGGCGGGGGAGCCGCGCGGCAGCCAGGCCAGCUUCCUGCAGCGCCAGCUCGGCGCGCUCCUGCAGCCGGGCGUCAACAAGUUCUCGCUGCGGAUGUUCGGCAGCCAGAAGGCUGUGGAGCGCGAGCAGGAGCGCGUCAAGUCGGCGGGGGCCUGGAUCAUCCACCCGUACAGCGACUUCAGGUUCUACUGGGACUUCACCAUGCUGCUCUUCAUGGUGGGAAACCUCAUCAUCAUCCCCGUGGGCAUCACCUUCUUCAAGGAUGAGACCACAGCCCCGUGGAUCGUGUUCAACGUGGUCUCGGACACCUUCUUCCUCAUGGACCUGGUGCUGAACUUCCGCACGGGCAUCGUCAUCGAGGACAACACGGAGAUCAUCCUGGACCCCGAGAAGAUCAAGAAGAAGUACCUGCGCACGUGGUUUGUGGUGGACUUCGUGUCCUCCAUCCCCGUGGAUUACAUCUUCCUCAUCGUGGAGAAGGGCAUCGACUCCGAGGUGUACAAGACGGCGCGCGCCCUGCGCAUCGUGCGCUUCACCAAGAUCCUCAGCCUGCUGCGCCUGCUGCGCCUGUCGCGCCUCAUCCGCUACAUCCACCAGUGGGAGGAGAUCUUCCACAUGACCUACGACCUGGCGAGCGCGGUGAUGCGCAUCUGCAACCUCAUCAGCAUGAUGCUGCUGCUGUGCCACUGGGACGGCUGCCUGCAGUUCCUGGUGCCCAUGCUGCAGGACUUCCCGCGCAACUGCUGGGUGUCCAUCAACGGCAUGGUGAACCACUCGUGGAGCGAGCUGUACUCCUUCGCGCUCUUCAAGGCCAUGAGCCACAUGCUGUGCAUCGGGUACGGGCGGCAGGCGCCCGAGAGCAUGACCGACAUCUGGCUGACGAUGCUGAGCAUGAUCGUGGGCGCCACCUGCUAUGCCAUGUUCAUUGGCCACGCCACCGCCCUCAUCCAGUCCCUGGACUCCUCCCGGCGCCAGUACCAGGAGAAGUACAAGCAGGUGGAGCAGUACAUGUCCUUCCACAAGCUGCCCGCCGACUUCCGCCAGAAGAUCCACGACUACUACGAGCAUCGCUACCAGGGCAAGAUGUUCGAUGAGGACAGCAUCCUGGGCGAGCUCAACGGGCCCCUGCGGGAGGAGAUCGUCAACUUCAACUGCCGGAAGCUGGUGGCCUCGAUGCCACUGUUCGCCAACGCCGACCCCAACUUUGUCACGGCCAUGCUGACCAAACUCAAGUUCGAGGUCUUCCAGCCGGGCGACUACAUCAUCCGCGAGGGCACCGUUGGCAAGAAGAUGUACUUCAUCCAGCACGGCGUGGUCAGCGUGCUCACCAAGGGCAACAAGGAGAUGAAGUUGUCGGAUGGCUCCUACUUUGGGGAGAUUUGCCUGCUGACGCGAGGCCGGCGCACGGCCAGCGUGCGGGCCGACACCUACUGCCGCCUCUACUCGCUGAGCGUGGACAACUUCAACGAGGUGCUGGAGGAGUACCCCAUGAUGCGACGGGCCUUCGAGACAGUCGCCAUCGACCGCCUGGACCGCAUUGGCAAGAAGAACUCGAUCCUGCUGCACAAGGUGCAGCAUGACCUCAACUCAGGUGUGUUUAACAACCAGGAGAAUGCCAUCAUCCAGGAGAUUGUCAAGUACGACCGGGAGAUGGUGCAGCAGGCAGAGCUUGGCCAGCGCGUUGGCCUCUUCCCACCACCACCGCCGCCACAGGUCACCUCGGCCAUUGCCACGCUGCAGCAGGCCGUGGCCAUGAGCUUCUGCCCACAGGUGGCACGUCCGCUUGUGGGGCCUCUGGCACUGGGCUCACCACGCCUUGUGCGCCGCCCGCCCCCCGGGCCCACGCCCGCUGCCCCUUCACCGGGGACCAUGCCGGCUGCCAGCCCCCCGGGCGCACCUGCCAGCCCCCGGGUGCCGCGGACCUCGCCCUAUGGCGGCAGGCCCAGCUCUCCCGCCGGGCCCCGCGCCGGGCCAGCACUACCUGCGCGCCGUCUGAGCCGUGCGUCGCGCCCACUGUCGGCCUCGCAGCCCUCGCUGCCCCACGGCGCGCCCGGUCCAGGUCCCACAGCCUCCGUGCGCCCGGCCAGCAGCUCCACACCCCGCCUGGGGCCCACGCCUGCCACCCGGGCCACCGCACCCAGCCCGGACCGUAGGGACUCGGCCUCCCCUGGCGCUGCCGGUGGCCUCGACCCACUGGACUCUGCGCGCUCACGCCUCUCAUCCAACUUGUGACCCUCGCUGCGCCGCCCUGUGGGCCGGGCGGGUCAGGGUGGAGGCCAUCAUUCAGACCAAAGCCAUGCCAUUGCGCGCUGCCCUCAGCCGCCCACUGCCCGCCCAGAAGCCAUAGAGGAGACGUAGGUAGUUGUAGUCAGACGGGCGGGCCUGGGUGGAGAGGCAGCCCCCUCUGAGCCCUGGCCAUCCCCCCUCAUUGCCCUGUGCCCGUCCACAUCACCCCGGCCCCUGCGGCGGCCUUGCACACGCGAGGGGGCUCCCAUCACCUCGGUGCCUGAGUUCCCCCAACUGUAAAACGGGGACUGGCCAGCCGAGAAGAGUGGCUGUGGAGUCCUGCCCGCCCCACCCUCGUGGGGGGCCCGCUGACCAAUUAUGGUUUUUAAGUGCAAUACUUGGCCCGCAGCUUCCGCUGCCCCACUGCGCUCACGCAAUAACUGGCCCGGCCCCUGUCCACACGCAUCCCGCGGUGACCUUCCCGGAGCGGGCACACCCAGCUCCCUUCAGCACUGGCACCCAGGGGUGUGGGGGCGAGGCAAGGGGUCCCGCCGUUGAGAUGAAUGUACUGACGAGCCGAGGCAGCAGCCCCCCACCAUGCCCUCCACGCCCCAGUAACCCCGACAUCCCCAUUCCGCGCAAUAAACAACAGCAUUGGCGCC